UAAUGGAAACUAAAUAAAUCAGAAGCCGUCAAAACAUCUUGAGUGAAAGCUGAAAGAAUGCAAAUUGAACAUCAAGCAAAAUAGGUUGAACUCCAGAUUUAGCAAUCUGAACAACUUAAAUCUUAGACCAAAUUGUCGAAAACACAGUAAGAAGUAAAUCCAAACCAGAGUAAAUAUAUAUACCUUAUCGGAAAAUCAGUCUUAAGGCUAAUAAUUUCAAGCAACUGUCUUAUCUAUCCAUGUGGUAUCUGACUUGAGAGAUCAGAAAAUCUACCACAAUGGCUGCAUUAUCUCUCUAUUCAUGCAAUUCUAUAUCCUUCCCUCAUUUCAUUCCUUUCGAGUACAGGAGGAAGAGAACCACCAAUCGUGCGCUCCAGUAACGAAUCCAUACCCAAAGUGAAUUGCAGGCAAAUGCUUCCGAUUUACAGUCCACGGCUUCUAAUGGAAGACAAACAGAGAAGGCUUUGGUUAAAGAGCAGCAAAGCAUUAGGCUGGACUCUUAUUCUUGUGGCCGCCUUUUGCAGAGGUAUGCCAAUAUGAAAUCCAUUGUUGGGGGAAAGAAACUUCAUGGUCACAUGAUUAAAACUGGUUUUCCAACUGACACCUUUAUGGAAAACACCCUUGCUAACAUGUAUGCAAAGUGUGGUUUUAUGGAUUAUGCGCGUCAGGUGUUUGACAGAAUGUAUGAGCGGAAUGUUGUCUCAUGGACAACAAUGAUUGCAGGAUAUGCUCAGAAUUGGCGUGGGGAGGAAGCACUUGAAUUCUAUAAGAUGAUGUUAGGGGAGCAGCUGAAGCCAAAUCAAUUUACGUUCGCCAGCGUUCUGAGGGCUUGUGCAAAUUUGGCAUCUGCAGAACAUGGGAAGCAAAUCCAUGCCCAUGUUAUCAAGCUUGGGUUUGCAUCGAAUGUCACAAUGGGGAAUGCACUUGUCACCAUGUAUUCGAAAUCUGGAAAUGUGGAGAAUGCCAUCAACGUGUUUGAUGGAAUGUCUGAACGAGAUGUAGUUUCCUGGUCAGCAUUGAUUGCAGGGUGUGCUCAGAACGGACAUGGAGCUGAAGCGCAAAAUCUGUUCUCACAAAUGCAAUGGGAAGGGAUUGAAUCUGAUAAGUACACCUUUUCCGCUGUGCUAGUUUGUUGCACUGGUCUCGAAGGAUUAGAAUUAGGAAAGCAAGUACACUCUUACAUCAUUAAAAUGGACUUUGAAUCUGAUGCCCUUUUAGAGAGUACUCUCAUGACCAUGUAUGCAAAAUGCGAUGCAAUGGAGAGUGCACGCAAACUGUUCAAUCAAAUGCUGGAGCUUGAUGUGGUAACAUGGACUGCAAUGAUUGCAGGCUACGCCCGUAGUGGGCAUGGUGAGGAAUCUCUGAUACUUUUUAGCCAGAUGCUACGGUCAGGUCCUGACCCGGAUAGCUUUAGUUUAACCAGUGUUUUAGGGGUGUGCGCAGACCUAGCAAUUGUUAAUCAGGGUAGACAGUUUCAUGCUCAAGCAAUUAAAAGGGGAUUGGAGUUGGAUAUCUCUGUAGGCAGUGCUCUUAUUACAAUGUAUGCGAAAUGUAGUUGCAUAGAAGAUGCACAUGAGGUUUUUGACAAAAUGGUCAUGCCGGAUGUGAUUCCAUGGACUGCAAUGAUUGCAGGUUAUGCUUUGCAUGGGUUGGGCAAGGAAGCAAUCCAACUUUUUGAACAAAUGCAAAGUGCUGGAAUCAAGCCAGAUCACAUAACCUUUGUAGGUGUUCUCUCUGCAUGUAGUCACGUAGGCCUAGUAGAUGAAGGUAGGAAGUACUUUGAUUGUAUGAGCCGAAAUUAUGGCAUCACACCUUGUAUGGAGCAUUAUGCUUGCAUAGUCGACCAACUUGGCCGUGCUGGGCACCUGGAUGAGGCAGAGAGAAUCAUUAAUGAAAUGCCAUUUGAACCUAGCGCUUUCGUAUGGGGUAUUUUUCUUAGUGCCUGCCGAACCCAUGGUAACAUAAAAUUGGGGAAGCGAGCUGCAGAACAACUUCUUGAGUUAGAGCCAAAGGAAUCUGCACCAUAUGUUCUGCUUUCAAACAUUUAUGCUAUGGAAAACAGGUGGGAUGAUGUAUCAAAAGUAAGAAAAAUGAUGAAAGACAGAGGGGUAGCAAAGGAGCCAGGUCAAAGCUGGAUUGUGGUCAAGGAAAAGGUCCAUGCAUUUUAUGUAGAAGACACGUCACACCCACAAACCGAAGAAAUUUACACAAAGCUAGAGGAAUUGUCUGGGCAGAUAGCAGACGCAGGGUAUGUGCAGGAUACAAAGUUUGUGCUUCAAAAUUUGGAGGAAGACCAGAAGGAACACAAUCUUUCUCACCAUAGUGAAAAGUUAGCCAUCGCUUAUGGGCUUAUAAGUACAAAACCGGGAAUCCCUGUUCGAGUCUUUAAGAAUCUUCGAGUGUGUGGUGAUUGUCAUAAUGCAACCAAGUUUAUUUCCCUUGUUACAAAAAGGGAAAUUGUUUUGAGAGAUGCCAACCGUUUUCAUCACUUCAAGGAUGGAGUUUGUUCUUGUGGAGACUAUUGGUGACUGAGUAAAAUGGAAAACAAAAAAAAUCACUUUUUAUGGCUAUAUGGCUACUGUAUCUCCAGAUCAAGUGUUUCCUCUUCAAUCCUAUCAUGUAGCUGCAUUUUAAACAUUUGAAGUUUUGGGUUAGUUUGCCAGGCCAAAAAAAAUAAAUUAUAUCCCAAUGUAAGGUGGCAUGGAUGCAGCUGUUACACCUCCUCAGUCUUAAGUUAGCCUAUCUAUGAUUACAACUCCAUCCAAGUUGGCUUUGUGGGGAUGCAAACUAUUUCCCAGACUGCUGGCCCUUACAAAUGAUCUGAGAAGCAAGCCACAUCCUUUAAGAUCAUUGAACUUGGCAACUCGAAGUAAUUAACCUAUUCUAUCACAUCUAACGUUUCAUAGGAUCCUCUAGCAUGUCAAAUAUCUGGAUACAUUCUAGUUAUGAGAGGGAGGUUAAUUCUUUCCUUUUUUUUUAACUCGGGGAAUUCCCGCAUCCUGCUUGAACACCCAGACUUGCGCUUUUGGGGCGAGCGGGGAUCUUUGGGAUGGCAGCAACCAUCUGCAAGCCACCGCCAUCGGAUAAGCUAGCACAGAGCAUUGACCUCGGGACCUCACAAACCUAAAUCAGAGACCUUUGACUAACUGCCCCACACCACCUCACCAUAGGAGGGAGGCCUUUUAACCCUUCCCGUUUCCUCAACAAUCUUCCUAAGCAUUGUCUCAGGCUGAUUUCUUAUCUGGCUAUGUGUGGGAAGAGACAAAGGGAAUGAAACAUUUGCUUGGAUACUAUUCACAGGUCUCAAAGGACCACUUAUAUCCAAAGUAUCUCUCGUUUUUUACCGGUCUGUAUUUUUUUCUGAAGGUACUUCCAGGCCUAGUUAUCAGAAACGCGACGGGAGACUUCCGUUUGCCGUUUCGACGGCAGAAACAGGUUUCCCGUUGCGGACGGUCGUUUCAGCAAUGAUUUUUGUUUUUCUAGCAGUUGCCCUUAAAAACUUAGAUAUUUUUAUCUUUUCCUCAAUUUAGAGGUGGAGUUUACAUUAGUUUAUAAAUGUCAAUAAAGCUCAAGCUGGAGUUUACAUUAAUUUGCAAUUUUUGUAAGCCAGAGUUAAGUAUCACACAAAUUUAUUUUUGUC